UGCUCCUCCCCUUCCCCAGCCCGACGGCGGCGACAGAACAAGGAGGGCGCAGAGCGCAGACAUGGCGGCUAACAUGUAUCGAGUGGGAGAUUAUGUUUAUUUUGAAAACUCUUCAAGCAAUCCAUAUCUUAUCAGGCGAAUAGAAGAACUUAAUAAGACUGCCAGUGGUAAUGUGGAAGCAAAAGUAGUAUGCUUUUACAGACGACGAGACAUCUCCAAUAGCCUCAUUAUGCUUGCAGACAAACAUGCAAAAGAAGUUGAGGAAGAAUCUGAAAUUCCCAAAGAAAUAGAUCUGACUGAUAAACAGAAGCACCAGUUGAAGCACAGAGAAUUGUUUCUGUCUCGUCAGUAUGAGUCCCUCCCUGCAACACACAUUCGGGGAAAAUGCAGUGUUGCGCUUCUGAAUGAGACGGAGUCUGUCUUGUCGUAUCUCGCUAAAGAGGAUACUUUCUUUUAUUCUCUGGUAUAUGAUCCAUCAUUGAAAACACUUCUGGCAGACAAAGGCGAAAUCAGAGUUGGACCCAGGUACCAAGCAGAUGUACCAGAUAUUCUCUCAGAAGGGGAAACAGAUGACAGGGAACAGGCAAAGCUUGAAGUAAAAGUUUGGGAUCCAGAUAGCCAUCUCACUGAUCAUCAGAUUGACCAAUUUUUAGUGGUAGCACGAGCUGUUGGUACAUUUGCCCGAGCUCUGGACUGCAGUAGUUCUGUAAGACAACCUAGUUUACACAUGAGUGCAGCAGCUGCUUCCCGGGAUAUCACUUUGUUUCAUGCAAUGGAUACAUUGCAUAAGCACAACUAUGACCUGAGCAGUGCCAUUAGUGUCUUGGUUCCCCUUGGCGGGCCUGUUCUUUGUAGAGAUGAAAUGGAAGAAUGGUCAGCAUCAGAGGCUAGUUUGUUUGAAGAAGCCCUAGAGAAAUAUGGUAAAGACUUCAAUGACAUACGGCAAGACUUUCUUCCUUGGAAAUCUCUGACUAGUAUCAUUGAAUAUUAUUAUAUGUGGAAAACCACAGAUAGAUACAUUCAGCAGAAACGCCUAAAAGCUGCUGAAGCAGAGAGCAAAUUGAAACAAGUUUACAUACCAACAUACAACAAGCCGAAUCCAAGUCAGAUAUCCAGCAAUAAUGGAAAACCAAGUGCCAUGAAUGGAGCAGUUGGAGCACCUCACCAGACUCAAAACUCACUAAUAGGCCGUGCUUGUGAAAGUUGCUACAUCACACAGUCACAUCAGUGGUAUUCUUGGGGUCCGCCCAACAUGCAGUGUAGAUUAUGUGCACCUUGUUGGAUUUAUUGGAAAAAAUAUGGUGGUCUGAAAAUGCCAACUCUAACAAAUGAAGAUAGAUUUUCUCCCAAUCAAACCACAGAGGAUUCGUGUGUCCGAACACAUAUGUCACGACAAGCAACCCAAGGUAUACCAGUCCGGAACACGGGUAGUCCAAAAUCUGCUGUGAAGACACGUCAGUCUUUCUUUCUUCAUACUACAUACUUGACUAAACUUGCCCGCCAGGUCUGCAGAAAUACUCUACAACUGAAGCGAGCUGCAAGAAGACCUUUUGCCCUUAUUAACUGUGCUGCCAUUAGGGCAGAAUGUAAGAUGUUUCUAACUUCUUAGUUUAAUAUGUCAUUAUUCCAGCCACUUUCUGUUGUCUUUUUUUUUUGUCCAUUAUUAUUAUUAAUUAUUAUUAUUAUUUUGGCAAUAAACACAUUUCUGUCUGUA